AGUAUGGACACAACCAGAAGAGAUGCACUGCAGGCUGACUUUGAGACAUUUGAUUUUUCUGAGGAUCUUGGAUUUCUGCUUGAAGAACCACUGACUCACCUUCCCGACUAUUAUCGAGCAUGGAUGGACCUGGCCAAUAAUCUCGAUCAUCUGAUAGAGACUCGUAAAUUGAGGGAUCUGGUUCAUAAGAUGCCUGUAUUGAGUACCCAUCUAUUGAGUAAUCAUCAGGAGUUGAGGCUGGCUCAUCUAGCUCUGGGAUUCAUCAGCAUGGGAUAUGUGUGGCAGGAAGGACAACAUGCACCUGCUGAGAUUCUCCCUAAAGCCCUGGCCUUGCCUUUUUGGCUGGUAUCUUGCAGACUCGGUCUUCCACCCAUCCUGACCUACGCAGAUUCAGUUUUAGCCAACUGGAAAUUAAGGGAUCCCACAGGGGAGAUGGAAAUCGGGAACAUGGAUUUAAUAUUUUCCUUUCCUGGCGGAGAGAGUUGCAGGGGAUUUUUCAUAGUGUCUCAGUUAGUAGAGAUGGCUGCCAGUUCAGGCGUAACGGGGGCUCUGGAGGUGAUGCAUGCGAUGAAAAUCUCAGACAUCAUCAGCGUGCAAAAAGGUCUCAACAAAGUGACUCAGUCUUUGAAGAAGAUGAAGGAAACUUUCAAGCUCAUGCACAAUCAUGUGGAUCCAACUGUGUUUCAUGGAAAAUUAAGAAUAUUUCUUUCAGGGUGGCGAGACAACCCUUUGCUUCCAAAUGGGCUGUUAUAUGAAGGUGUGAGCGAUAAGCCAGUUUUUUUAUCAGGAGGCAGUGCAGCCCAGAGUUCAGCCAUCCAGUGCUUCGACGCUUUGCUAUGCAUCCAGCAUGAGGAUGAGACAGGUGCCUUCCUGACAUGCAUGAGAGAUUGCAUGCCUCCCGCCCACCGUCAUCUGAUAGAAACUCUCUCUGUCAGUCCAUGUCUGCGAGACUUCAUCCUGUCAAGCCCUGGCUCUGACCUCUGCCAGGCCUAUGAAUCCUGUGUCUCAGCGCUGGUAGAUUUACGUAACUAUCACCUGAACACUGUCACCAAGUACAUCAUUGUGCCUGGGAAUCAAGCCCAGGCCAUGGGCUGUCCGUUCAGAGGUGUUUGUACUGCACUGAACAAGACAGGAGCUGGAGGAUCAGUCCUGAUGGUCUUCCUCAAGAGUGUUCGUGACAGCACAAGAAAAGCACUGAAUUUGAAGAAGAGGCCGUCAGAGUAG